AUGGAGGGGAGAAUGAAGAAAUACAGGCAAGUUAGCCCAGAAAGAACGAAAGUAUGGACGGAAAAAUCGCCCAAGUAUCACUAUAAACAGCAACAGCAGCAUAAUGGUAAAGUGCCUGUAGUUUACUAUCUAUGCAGGAAUCGACAGCUCGAACAUCCACAUUUUAUGGAAGUCCCUCUCUCUUCUCCUGAUGGCCUCUACUUGAGAGAUGUGAUGGAAAGGCUUAAUGUUUUGAGAGGCAAAGGCAUGGCUUCGAUGUAUUCUUGGUCUUGCAAGAGGAGUUAUAAGAAUGGGUACGUAUGGCAUGAUCUUUGUGAAGAUGAUUUCAUCCUUCCUGCUCAUGGGAACGAGUAUGUUCUCAAAGGUUCUGAGCUCUUUGACGAACCUGAUUCUGGUCGAUUUAGUCCUGCUAGAAAUGUUGCAUUACAGAAUUUAGAAGUAUUACCAGAACCACCAUCUUCCAGAAACCAAGAUGAAUCUUCAUCUUCCUCCAGCUUGAAUGGUAGAACUACAAAGAGUUCUCAGGAUGAUGAGCUGUCUCCUCCAGUUCAGCGUCCAUGUUCAUUGGCUGUGUCUCCAGAGUCCAGUGUUGGGAAAACUUACUCUUCGAACGCUCCUUUAAGCUUGACAGAGUACAAGGUUUACCAGACCAAUGGUCUAACUGAUGCCUCCACUCAGACGGAGGAAAAUGCUGGCACAGUUGUUAAAAUUCGAGAGACUUGCACAAGAGGUGUUUCUACUGAUGACGGAUCACUAGAGCCUGAGAGGAACGAGCCUUGUCAAAACCAGGUUCCUCUAGUAAAGGAAACUUCAGAGAUCUGCAGGGAUUUAGUUUCGCCACCUCCGUCUACAUCUAGUGCAUCUUCUGCGAGUGGUCGGACUGACACCUUGGAAUCUCUCAUCAGAGCGGAUGCCAGUAAGCUCAAUAGCUUCAGAAUACUUGAAGAAGAGGAAUUUCGUAUGCCAUCAAACACAAAAUUCAAGGCUUCAAAUAUGCUAAUGCAAUUGAUAUCUUGUGGGUCAAUAGGGGUGAAGGGUCCCAGUUUUGGCCUAAUCCCCAACUACAAGCCUAGCUUUUCACAUUCCAAAUUUCCGUCUCCAUUGUUCUCGACAUCUGUGAUGCUGGGAGAUCUGGAUUGUCUUUCUGAGAAUCCUAGGCUGAUGGGUCUGAGGUUGGAAGACAAGGAAUACUUCAGUGGAAGUUUGGUCGAGACAAGUGUGCCCAAGGAAGGAGUCACUACUCUAAAACGAUCUUCUUCAUACAAUGCGGAUAGAUUGGACAAAAAGUUUGAUUCAGUCAAAGACAAGGAAGAAGCGAGUUCCACGCUUUCAAAGUGCAUUCCAAUGUCCAUCAAGGCUUCAUUGAUUAAGCAGACAAGAUGUGAAUCAAUGAGAUCCCCUCUCUCUGAGGGACCUCGAAUCUCAUCUGAUCGAGUGGAUAGUUCACAAAACAUUACAUCUGGCACGGCUAAUGGCGGAAGCAAGAGAAUUGAAGAGCCUUUCUCUGAAAAAAAUCAGUCGAAGAAAGUAGAUUCUUUCAGAGACGAGAAGGAAAAUGUGAUCAAAAUCGAAGAAAGUUAA